AUGAUGGCGGCGGCGUCGAGAGUAACAGCGGCGGCGGCGGCCUUGCGGCUGGGACCCCGGGUGGCUGGGCUGGGCCCGCAGCUCCGGGCCGGCGUGGAGGUGGUGCUGCGGGUGCCCAGCCUCUUCCUCAUCGACGCCAUCUUCAACUCGUCCCCGGUGUUUCCCGGUGACUCCCUGUGGGCCGGCCUGCUGGGGGUACUCCUGCGGCUGAUGGGUGUCAUCGUAUCCAGUGUUGUCCUGGUUCUGUCCCAGCGAGCACUAUUCAAAUUUUACAUGAUCAGCUCUGCUUUCCUGUUAGGUGCAACAUCAGCAUUGGUGAACUACUACGCUUUUUUGCACAUAAACUUCCACAGUGCCUAUUACACAACUCCUUUUGGAGUUCAGCUCCUUCCCCAUAAAGGACCGUCCCUCUGGAUGGCACUCUGCAUCCUUCAGCUUGCCUUUGGAAUUGGCUACGUUGCCCUGUUAAAUAUUGAGUCUGUGUACUCUCAGCUAAUCAUCCUGGACUUGCUGAUUCCAGUUAUAGGUCUAAUCAUUGAAUUACCUUUACACAUCAGGCAGACAUUAGUCUUUACCUCAGGCUUCAUUUUGACAUUAUAUACCCUAGUAAUUUUAGCUUCCAAAAUGAAACGGUUCUACUACUCUACAAGAUAUGUCUACCUUCUUGUAAGGCACAUGUAUCGCAUUUAUGGAUUACAGUUGUUGCUAGAAGAUACAUGGAAAAGGAUUCGUUUUCCAGCUGUAUUGCGCAUCUUUUGGCUAAUGAGACUUGCAGUUCAAGCUGUUGUGCUAACUUACGUUGUCAAAAUGGCAGAAACAGGCAUGACAUUCUACAUGAUUCCUUGGGACAAUUUUUGGGAAUUACUUUGCAGCCUUAUUAUCAGUGGCUGUGAUUCGACUUUAACUGUAUUAGGUAUGAGUGCUGUAAUUUCAUCUAUAGCACAUUAUCUGGGAAUUGGUAUUUUGGCCUUUAUUGGAUCUACUGACGAAGAUGACAAGAGGCUUGGUUUUGUGGCACCAGUUUUAUUUUUUAUUUUGGCCCUGCAGACUGGUUUAAGUGGACUGAAGCCAGAAGAAAGACUAGUCCGCCUAAGUCGAAACAUGUGCCUUUUGCUAACUGCAGUCCUGCAUUUUAUUCAUGGAAUGACAGACCCUGUCCUAAUGUCUCUGAGCGCCUCUCAUGUGCCCUCCUUUCGCAGACAUUUCCCUGUUCUCUUAGUCUCAGCUUGCCUCUUUGUUCUUCCUAUUUUCCUUAGUUACCUCCUUUGGAACCACUAUGCACUAAAUACUUGGCUGUUUGCUGUUACAGCAUUCUGUGUGGAACUCUGCCUAAAGGUUAUUGUUUCUAUCACUGUGUAUGUACUAUUCAUGAUUGACGGCUACUAUAAUGUCCUAUGGGAAAAGCUGGAUGAUUAUGUCUAUUACGUUCGAUCAACAGGCAAUAUAAUUGAAUUUAUAUUUGGAGUAAUAAUGUUUGGGAAUGGUGCCUACACCAUGGUAUUUGAAUCAGGAAGCAAAAUCCGAGCUUGUAUGAUGUGUCUACACGCCUAUUUCAACAUCUACCUACAAGCAAAGAAUGGUUGGAAAACCUUUAUAAAUCGCAGGACAGCCGUUAAAAAAAUCAACUCACUUCCUGAAGUUAAAGGAGAGCAACUGCGUGAAAUAGAUGAUGUGUGUGCAAUCUGUUACCACGAGUUUACUACAUCUGCUCGCAUAACUCCAUGUAAUCAUUACUUCCAUGCACUUUGCCUUCGGAAAUGGCUCUAUAUUCAAGACUCAUGUCCAAUGUGCCAUCAAAAAGUUUAUAUUGAGGAGAAGGAGAACACAAAUAUCUCAAAUAACAAUGGGUUUGUUGCAUUUGAUGAAAAUGAAGCUGAUGAAAAUCCUAUCCCAGGAGAAGCAGCUGUUGCUGAAAAUGAACUAAAUGAAGAGAAUGACAGUACAGAGAGUGAGGAAGAGGAAGAAACUGAGAGUUCAACUCAUUCUGGUAUCACAGUGUCCGAACAACACUCUGACCACUGAUCUGGGCUUGGACCAGUUUGAAAUAUCAUGUACUGAACACUGUGGGUGUCUGUUAAUAGUGGAGUUCAACAAUGGAAUAAAAGCUUCACUUCAUCAGUGUAUAUCUAAGCACAUGAACAGUAUCUCAGAAUGUUGAAUCUGUGAAUGGGUUGUUAGUUUACUGUGAUAUGCUACUGUAAAUAUACCUCUAAUUACUGCUGGUCUCUUUUGUGACCACUUAAAACUUUUAUGUACAUUAUUGUACAUGGAAUAAAGUGUUUUUGCAUAUUUUUAAAGAGUUGAGCAAAACACUCCUUAAUAAAAUUAUAAUCUCUA